GAGCUUUUUCCGGGCUCCCCUGAUUGAUCAAUCAUGAAAUAAUAAGCAAAUCUUUUUGCGCAGGGUAAUGGGUCCUUCCACUUUUUUCGUAAUCUCUUUUUUAUUUAGUUGUUUAAUGCCCGUAAGCUUAUAUAUUCUUUCAUUGAUGGCUUAGGACACACGAGAAUCAUUCUUAUGUGUGUUCAAAAAAGAAUCUGCGCGCAUUCCGACGGGAAAUCUGCAUAAAAUAGUAACUGGUCCCUCGCCUGCCACAGUUUGUAAUAUCAAGAUCUUGAGGGGCUUAAAAGGACUGAAAAUCCAUGGGAAAGAGGUGACGAGGCAUGAAUGUCUUUAAAGAAAUCGAAUAUAUGUGCAUGGACAUAUGGGAUUGAGACUACAGAGGAGUCUGGUCUGUUUGCUUGUAAGAGAUAUUAUUGAAAUAAACAAGCAGGAAAAAAGAAGCUUGUUCUCAAAGCAAAACACCCUUCUUUAUCCCCUCUCUCUCUCUUCGCUUUACUGGUUUUCCCUCCAGAACAAAGAAGCAAAGCAUCUCUGCUUAACAUCUAAAGCUCACAAACUCUUUUUUUUUUUUCCUGAAAAAAGAGCAUCUCCUCUUACACGCCACCACUUGCUGUUGCUUUCUCUUGGAAAGAUCCUGUUUUUUCCCUUUAGUUAUGAUAUAUUUGUGCUUUUCAAAACUGAGGCUUGAACACAGCAACCAUAUUUGGGGUGCAGAUCUGUGCAAAAAACCCACCUAAAGUUAAGAAUAUAUCCCAGUCGUGGGGCACCGAUGAGGUCAAAUAGAUCAUGGCAAUUCAAGUUCUCUCUGAACUGUUAUAUCUUCUCGAGGUCUGAUCGCAUCGGUGUACGUGAACAGGAAUUGGUGACAUUGUUGUCUUUAGCUUCUUCAGCCACACGUACCUUCGCAAGGUCUAGCUGCAUUGGCUCGAAGCCAGAGCAUAUAGUCAUUGAACUCUUCUGAGCCUGUAGGAAUUUUUGGGUCUUGAUGCAAUUCUGAGUUAUUGUGGUGGCUUUGAGGCUCUAUAUCACUAUACAACUUUAUUUAAGAGUCUUAUGUUGUGAUAACUGAUGAGUGUGCUACACAUCAGCUGCUAAAUUCUCCAUUUUCUGAGAAUCAUUCUGCUUUCUGGUUUAAAUUUCAGUUUCUUCUUUGAAAAAGAUUUUCACUCUGGUGGAGUUCUUAUUAUCCUGCAAGCUCUUGUGGGGUGUUUCUUUUAUUCAUUCCUUGCUCUUUUCAAUCUUUCAGACCAAUUUGUUGAAACCCAGAAAUCAUUCUUUCAUUUUUUUUCCGGAAUCAGCUCUCGGUCUUCCCGAAUUGCUAUAUAUUUGCUUUCCCUGUAAUAGAGGAACAAAAACCGACAAUUUCCGCAGACUCUUGAGCAAGUGAACAGUCGGAGAAGACAAAAUUUGGAAGAUGGGUUUUCUAACAGCAUCUUCAGAUAACUCUUACAAACCAUACGUUAAUGGCAACACAACCUCUGCAAGUUACUGGCUGAACUGGAGGGUCUUGCUCUGUGCUCUUUGGGUAUCUAUUUCUAUGAUCUUUUCCCUGGUUCUUAUAUGGAGAAAAGAAGAUUUCGGCAAAGCAAAUCGCCAUGAUAGAGAUACAGAACAAGAAACUGAAGGAACUUUGUAUGAUGAUGAAACUUGGAGUCCAUGUCUCAAAGGAGUCCACCCUGCUUGGUUACUAGCUUUCCGAGUCGUGGCUUUCAUUGUGCUCUUGCUAAUGCUCAUUGUCACGUCUUUUCUCGAUGGAGGAAGCAUAUUUUACUACUAUACCCAGUGGACGUUUACGCUGAUCACCAUCUAUUUUGGGCUUGGAUCGUUGCUGUCCUUUUAUGGAUGCUACGAAUAUCACAACAGAGCUGCUGGCGAGAAGAUUGACAAUGUCGAGGUUGAUUCAGAGCAAGGAAACUAUCCUGCUUCAGAACCAAGGGACAAUCCUAAUGCAAUCAGCACGGCCAAGAAUUCACUCCGGCAAGAUACUCGUAAAAGAGCAAAUAUUUGGGGUUAUCUCUUUCAAAUAAUGUUUCAGAUAAAUGGGGGUGCCGUUGUGCUCACGGAUUGCGUCUUCUGGUUCAUAAUUGUCCCAUUUCUUGCAAUCAACAAUUAUAAUUUGAGCAUUUUGGACAUAAAUAUGCAUUCGAUUAAUGUCAUUUUACUAAUUGGAGACACGGCUUUGAACUGCUUACGUUUUCCUUUGUUUCGUAUCGGAUACUUCUUCAUGUGGACAAUCAUUUAUGUUAUUUUUCAGUGGAUUCUCCAUGCCUUCGUCAACAUUUGGUGGCCAUAUCCAUUUCUCGACUUGUCAUCUUCAUAUGCCCCACUAUGGUAUGUUUCGGUUGCGCUGAUGCACUUUCCAUGCUAUGGUAUAUUUACUCUGGUGAUCAAGUUAAAGCACUUUCUCUUGUCAAGAUGGUUCCCUCAGUCCUAUCAGUGUCCAAAGUGAACUUCAAAACAAAGGCGCAAAUGCUCACGAGGACCGCCGUGUCCGAGGUCCUAUAUUUUCUUCAUUGAAGUUUAUACUGUAGAAGGGAACUGAAGACAUCCACAGGAGUUGCAGAUUGUUUGUUCCAGGUCCUGAUAAAGUUUCACGGUAUAUAUAUCAUACAACAUAUGAUUUUUGGAAGUUUUUUAGAGGUGGGAGAUAAGCAGGAAAAACCAGAACCAUUAUUGCUUUGUUCAAUACUGCCACUUCUUAAUAUGUGGCAUACCUGUAAGUAUUUGGUCACAGAAAAUUCAUUACCGAAAUGUUGAUUUUUUCU